UCUGAAAGCUCUGAUUUUCAUGUAGAAAUUGAUGGUGCUCAAUCUUCUAUCAGACUGAAGACACUGCUAUCAGAACAGAGGGCACCAGGGGUUUGUGCGCUAGAGCCAUCUAUGACCUGCUGCUAUGGAUGGAGGAACAUUAACGGUGUCUGUCAACCUAUAUGUAAGAGACCCUGUGAGAAUGGAUUCUGUAUUGGGCCUGAUCGAUGCUCGUGCAUGGAGGGCUACAAGGGCAAAGACUGCAGCGAAGAUGUCAAUGAGUGUGGGCUCCCAGAAAGGCCCUGUUCACACAGCUGCAUGAACACAAUGGGGAGUUACCGUUGUUUCUGCAAUAAUGGACACACUCUGGACACUGAUGGCAAAUCCUGCAUCAAGAAACUGGACUGCAUCUCCCUUCGCUGUCAGUUUGGUUGCCAAAUUGACAGAAAUGAUGAAGUGGGCUGUGUCUGUCCUCCAGGAUUACAACUUGCACCAGAUUAUAGAACCUGCAAAGACAUCAAUGAGUGUGAUGAUCCCUCACACACCUGCACAGAACACCAGUCCUGCAAGAACACUUUUGGGAGUUUCACUUGUGUCUGUAAAGACGGAUUUAUCUUGGGAACACUCCAAGACACAAUCACUUGUCGAGAUAUAGAUGAGUGUCUGACUGGCAACCAUCACUGCAGCCCCAAAGCCAGCUGUGUGAACACUGAAGGCUCAUACAUCUGCCAGUGUGAGAAGGGCUAUGCUGGAGAUGGUUUCAGAUGCCAGAAGAAGAACAACAGACGGUCACUGGCGACUAUGUACUUACAGUAUAAACACUUCAAACACAUAAGGCCAGUAUACCACUUUAACAGCAGCGUAAGGAUGACUGUUAAUAGGGUUUAAAAGGAAAGUUAGAAUAUGUUUCAUCGUGUCCUGCAAAUAGGUCUUUGAUAUUAUACAUCUUAUUAUUUGCAUUGCCAAAUUUUACCCUGAAUGGAAUUUUUGCAAAAUAAAUGUAAAAAUGAAACUC